AUGGAAGAAAAGUCACACUCUCCUCAUGUAGUGAUCUUUCCUUUCCCGUUCCAAGGCCAUAUAAACCCCAUGUUGCAGCUUGCCCAGCACCUAUGCCUAGCAGGCCUCUAUAUCACCUUUCUAAACUCCGGCCACAACCACAAACGCCUCCUCCGUUACACUGAUAUUCAAGCCCGUUUUGCUCAGUAUCCUGGAUUCCACUUCAAGACCUUCUCCGAUGGUCUCCCAGAUGAUCACCCACGAACAAUCGACCGUGGGACGGAGAUUUUUGAUUCCUUGAAUUCAAGUUCCAGGAAAGCUCUGGAAGAGAUGCUGAUUGAUCUUAGGCCGCCAGUGAGCUGCAUCAUCGGUGAUCCAGUUUUGGGGUUUGUCAGUGACGUAGCUAAGGAGCUUAAAAUUCCACUCAUACAUUUCUAUAUUGCAAGUGCUUGUUCCUACUGGACAAGUUUAUGUACUCCUGAUAUUAUCGAAGCAGGGGAGCUACCUUUGAAAGGAUACGAAGACUUGGAUAGUCUGAUAACAACAGUGCCAGGCAUGGAAACUUUUCUCCGCGGCCGAGAUCUCCCCAGCCUUUGCCGACCCAAUGACAUAAACGACCUGAUCUUCCAACAGUUUAUGGAUUGGAUUCUGAAGUCCAGUGAAGCCAAUGCUCUGAUACUCAACACUUUUGAAGACUUAGAAGCGCCUAUACUAUCACAUAUACACACUAAGUACCCCAAAAUCUACGCCAUUGGACCUCUCCAUUUGCACCUUCAAACCAAAGUCUCCUCCCCGAAUAGCAUAAUGCCAUCUCAAUCUUCAAACAGUCUCUGGGAAGUAGAUAAAAGUUGCAUGGCAUGGCUUGAUAGACAGCCUCCGCAAUCUGUAGUCUACGUGAGCUUCGGCAGUCUUGUGUUAUUAACAAGAGAACAGUUCAUGGAGUUCUGGUAUGGCCUUGUUAACAGUAAACAGAGGUUUUUGUGGGUUAUUAGGCCGGAUUUUGUUGCCAUAGAUGAGGGUGAAAGGCCAAGGGAGCUUGAGGAGGGGACGAAGGAGAGAGGAUAUAUUGUAAGUUGGGCUCCACAAGAGGAGGUCUUGGCCCACAAAUCUGUGGGUGGGUUCAUGACCCAUAAUGGCUGGAACUCAACUAUAGAGAGUUUAGUAGCCCGGGUUCCCAUGAUUUGUUGGCCAUGUUUUUUCGAUCAACAGGUGAAUAGUAGGUUUGUGAGUGAGGUGUGGAAAAUUGGGGUUGAUAUGAAAGAUGUGUGUGAUAGAAAGAUUGUUGAGAAGAUGAUUUAUGAAGUGAUGGUGGAGCGGAGAGAGGAGUUUGUGAAAUCAAUAGACAGGAUGGCUAUGUUGGCAAAGAUGUGCGUCAGUGAUGGUGGGUCUUCAUCUAGUAAUUUGAACCAUUUGAUAGAAGAUCUACGCUUGAUGGUUUUGGACGAAUAAAGUAAUGGUAAUAUUACACUUACAAUUCAAUCUCAUAGAUUAUCUCUCAUAAUUUCGGCUUAGCAGUUUGUAAAUAGGUUUUGUCCGUCCAUUUGCAAACUGUCAUGUUAGAGUUGUGAGAAAAAAUUUAUAAGAUUAGGUUGUGAGUCAAUCCUUAUCUUAAAGUAAUUGAAAUCUACUGUAUAGUUUCUACUUUCGCUAGUGAAAGUGUCAAUGAAUGUGAACCCUCCAAACAGAAGUUUGGACCAUGUAAUAAAUGACAAAGAUUGAUCAUAUCAACCUCUAUUGAUAAAUAACAGAGGAUGAGAAUUGUUGACUAUAUACGCAAUAAUGUUAAAUAAAAA